CCGCCGCCAUGGGCGCCGCGGCCCUGCGCGCCCUGCCCUGGGCGCUGCUGCUGCUGGGGCCGCUGCUGCCCGGGCAGGUCCUGCAGGCCAACCCCAUGCUCACCUCCGAGGGCCAGCCCGCGCCGCUGCCCAGCGGCAACGUUCCGGGCUUCACCCCCGCGCCCCCCGCCGCCCCCGAGGAGAUCCACCCGCUCAAGGAGCACCCGGCCAACGGCUCGGGAGAGGGGCACGCCAAGCCCCGCAAAGCCUUCCCGGUCAUCGGCAUCGACUACACGCACGUCCGCAUCCCCUUCGAGAUCUCCCUCUGGAUCCUCCUGGCCUGCCUCAUGAAGCUGGGCUUCCACGUGAUCCCGUCAGUGUCCAGCAUCGUUCCCGAGAGCUGCCUGCUCAUUGUGGUGGGCCUGCUGGUUGGGGGGCUCAUCAAAGGGGUGGGUGAAAGGCCCCCCAUCCUCAAGUCGGACAUCUUCUUCCUCUUUCUGCUCCCUCCCAUCAUCCUGGACGCCGGCUACUUCCUGCCCUUGCGCCAGUUCACCGAGAACCUGGGCACCAUCCUCAUCUUCGCCGUGGUGGGCACGCUCUGGAACGCCUUUUUCCUGGGGGGGCUCAUGUACGCCGUGUGCCAGCUGGGCGGCCCCGGCCUCAACCACAUCAGCCUCCUGGCCAACCUGCUCUUCGGCAGCAUCAUCUCGGCCGUGGACCCGGUGGCCGUGCUGGCCGUCUUCGAGGAGAUCCACAUCAACGAGCUGCUGCACAUCCUGGUCUUCGGGGAGUCCCUGCUCAACGACGCCGUCACCGUCGUCCUCUACCACCUCUUUGAGGAGUUUGCCAACUUCGAGCAGGUGACCAUCAUCGACAUCAUCCUCGGCUUCCUCAGCUUCUUCGUGGUGUCGCUGGGCGGGGUCCUGGUGGGCGUCAUUUACGGGGUGAUCGCUGCCUUCACGUCCCGCUUCACCUCCCACAUCCGGGUCAUCGAGCCGCUCUUCGUGUUCCUCUACAGCUACAUGGCCUAUCUGUCUGCCGAGCUCUUCCACCUGUCCGGCAUCAUGGCGCUCAUCGCCUCUGGCGUGGUCAUGCGGCCCUACGUGGAAGCCAACAUCUCCCACAAGUCCCACACCACCAUCAAGUAUUUCCUCAAGAUGUGGAGCAGUGUGAGCGAGACCCUCAUCUUCAUCUUCCUGGGUGUCUCCACCGUGGCUGGUCACCACUACUGGAACUGGACCUUCGUCAUCAGCACGCUGCUCUUCUGCCUCAUCGCCAGAGUGCUGGGUGUCCUGGUCCUCACCUGGUUCAUCAACAAGUUCCGAAUCGUGAAGCUGACGCCGAAGGACCAGUUCAUCAUCGCCUACGGGGGCCUGCGGGGAGCCAUCGCCUUCUCCCUCGGGUACCUCCUGGACUACAAACAUUUUGGCAUGAGGGACAUGUUCCUCACAGCCAUCAUCACAGUCAUCUUCUUCACCGUGUUCGUGCAGGGCAUGACCAUCCGGCCCUUGGUGGAUCUGCUGGCUGUGAAGAAGAAGCAGGAGACCAAGCGCUCCAUCAACGAGGAGAUCCACACGCAGUUCUUGGAUCACCUUCUGACAGGGAUCGAGGACAUCUGUGGUCACUACGGGCAUCACCACUGGAAGGACAAGCUGAACCGCUUCAACAAGAAGUAUGUGAAGAAGUGCCUGAUCGCGGGGGAGCGCUCCAAGGAGCCCCAGCUCAUCGCCUUCUACCACAAGAUGGAGAUGAAGCAGGCCAUCGAGCUGGUGGAGAGCGGGGGCAUCGGCAAGAUCCCCUCCGCCGUCUCCACCGUCUCCAUCCAGAACAUCAACCCCAAGACCCUCCCUCUGGAGCGUGUCCUUCCAGCCCUGUCCAAGGACAAGGAGGAGGAGAUCCGGAAAAUCCUCCGCAAUAACCUGCAGAAAACCAGGCAGAGGCUGCGAUCCUACAACCGGCACACGCUGGUGGCCGACCCCUAUGAGGAGGCCUGGAACCAGAUGCUCCUGCGGAGGCAGAAGGCCCGGCAGCUGGAACAGAAGAUGAACAACUACCUGACGGUGCCGGCGCACAAGCUGGACUCGCCCACCAUGUCCCGGGCUCGCAUCGGCUCAGACCCGCUGGCCUACGAACCCAAGGAGGACUCGGAGAACUUGCCCAUCAUCACCAUCGACCCGGCCUCGCCGCAGUCCCCCGAGUCCGUGGACCUGAUGAGCGAGGAGCCUCAGGGAGGCUGCAGUGGCCUCCCACCCUCGCCCGAGGAGGAUGAGGAGGGGCUGGUGAUGCGGGUGAAGGAGGAGCCUUCCUCCCCCGGGACUGACGACGUCUUCACCCCGGGGCCCAGCGACAGCCCCAGCAACCAGCGGAUGCUGCGGUGCCUGAGCGACCCCGGCCCGCGGCCGGAGCCCGAGGAGGGGGAGCCCUUCAUCCCCAAGGGGCAGUAGCUGCUGGCACAAAGCCUCCAAAUCGUUUCUCUCUCUCUUCAUUUGUUCUUUCUUUGCUCUCCUUUUUGGUUUCCUGUCACUACACACUGGGUUCGGGAAGGGGAGACCGUCCUGGAUGGACUGGGAUUGCCAGGACAGCUCUGCCCAGCGAGCCCUGGGCUGGCCCCAAUGAGCAGGGAAGGAGCCCUGGGAUGCCCCGGGCUCCUCGGGCAGUGUGGCCUGGAGGUGACGGACAAUUUUCCGCCCGGCAUUGGGAUUUGCAGGUGCCUCACAGCCCCCACGGGGCUCUCCCAGAGGUGCCCACCCACUCAGGACCUGCGGCCGGCUCCGACCAGGGGUGUCCACAGUCGCUCCCCCAUGGCACAGCUUCCGCUGUCCCCACUUGUGCUUUAGCUGCCCCCUGGCCUCGCUCCGGAGCGGAGAGGUGGGACGGCAGGGGCUGUCACCGGGGCUGGCACACCCACGCUCCCGUGCACCCCCCAGGGACCUCGGGCUCGUGCCGCUGCCCCCUUGCCUUGGCAACUUCCCCGUGGGACCGGCUGUGCCUGGGAUCCUCCCUCCUGGCCUCACAUUUCAUGCCAGGUCUUUUCAAAUAAAUAUUCUAGAGCCAUGCAGGGGGGCAGCUGGGACCCCUCGCUUUGAGCAGCAUCUCCAUCCCUCCUGGAACUGCUGUCACCUGUCCCCAUGGGGACCCUCUGCCAGCUUCAGCCCCUCGCCCUGUGCCAGCGCGGCAGCGGCUGCUCCUUAACCAAAGACGGGGCCCGGGGUGUGCCAGGGGGGAUUUUUUGUCUCCCUGCGACUGAGAAGAGCUGGGGGAGAGCCCAGGGCCAGCUCCCCCAGCGUGGGGACACGAUGGAUCCCGAAGGUUGGCAGGAACAGGACGACUGGGGGUGCCAGGGGUCCUGGAAGGACCCAUCUUUCCCCAAGGCUCGGGAGGGCUCACUGGGUGUUUCGGUGGCUCGCAGCCCUCCCCGGGCUCAGGGGUGUCCUGUAUCUGUCGCCUCGUCCCCCGCGUGCCCCCCAGCUCCCGCCAUGUGCCACCUUCGCUGUGGGUGCCACGGGGGGCUCACCGCCCCCUCCCCGGGGACCCCCGGCCGCUGUCCCCUCCCUGUGCCGUGCCUUGCCACGCUCUGCCCCGCUGCCUUGGUGGGCACCUGUCCCACGUCCCCCCCGCUCCACAUCCCGCUGAGACCCCCGGGUCCGGCGUCCGCGGGGCUCCGUCACCGGGGCGAGCGCCCACGUCGCUGCCUGCGCCUGCCUGCUACCCUGCUCUGUUUCCAGGAGGAAAAAAGCAAUGGAAAUUCUCUUGUAUAAAAAGGAAGAAAAAAAAAAAAAACCAAACCCACAUGUAAAGAGAUUCUUGGUUUUUAUCAUAAAUAUUCUAAUAAAUUAAUGUUAAUUUUUA